GCAGCACCAGCCGCUCAGCGCGCCAUCAGCGGAGGCGCAGAAGAAGAGUGCGCGCGACCAAUGGAGCAGCGGUGGGGAGUUGCUGUCUUCUCCUGAACACUUUAUCUAUGGCUUAAACGAGCGCUUUUCUCUUGGACUGUCAUAUACGGAUUAUGCAGAGAUGAAGCGGGUCCGGACGGAGCAGAUCCAGUACGCGGUGACCCAGUACCUGAAGAGGAGACAGUACAUAGACACCGAUGGCUCUCUGAAGGGGGCCAAACUCUCCCAGUCCGCUGAGGAGAUGGCUGCCAGUCUGACAGUUCAGACGGAGUCUAGCUGUGCGAAUGUGGUGUCCGCCGCCCCGUGUCAGUCAGACCCUCAGCAGUAUGAGACCCAGUUCUCCAGACUGCGCUCCUUCCUGCAGGAUGCAGAAUCGCCGUUAGUGAAGGAGGUGAACGGCGUCUUGUUUCCACUCUUCCUCUACUUGCACUUGGACAUGGCACGAUGUGGCCUGAAGGGGGCGGUAGAUUCAUUCUACGGGCGCUUCCACUCGCUCUUCCAGCAGGACCCCGAGCAGAAAGCCAUCGUGGACCUGCUACGAGGAGCCCUCACGCUGCAGGAUGUGACCUCAAACCCUAAACUCUGCUCCCUCCUGGAUCACAAGUACGUGGUGCACCUGACGGAUCAAGCGUACAGCUACCUGCUGCGUUACCUGCAGAGUGACGACAACAGCGCCAUCUGCUGGGUGCUCAGCACGCAUGUGCAGGUGGAGGUGACAGCAGCACGCCGGACCGACUACCAGCUGUACGGUGCUGGGAUAGGAGCGGGAAACACAACCUCCACUUCCUCUUCCUCCACUACAUGGGCUGCGGUGGAUGGGUCAGAGGGGGCGGAGCGUGUAGAGGUCACAGCGGGGUUACCUCAGAACGAGGCGGCGUUGGAAGCGCUGCAGGACUGCAUAAAGCGCGUGCGAGAAGGUCCGCCUUCGCUCACCACCGUCUGCUUCUACGCGUUCCAGCACACGGAUCAGCUGCUGAACACGGCCGAGGUGUCGGCGGACAGCCGUCUGCUGGCGGCGGGGUUCGAUAACUCUGCCGUGAAGCUGUGGAGCCUGCGGGCGAGGAAGCUGAAGGCGGGGCCUCACAGGGCCGAUGUGUCUAAAAUAAGACUCGCCUGUGAUGUGCUGGAGGAGGAGGCAGAUGAUGAGGAUGCCUCAGGCAGUGAGAUAAAGACCCUGCGCGCUCACAGCGGCCCCGUGUACCGCACAGCGUUCCUGACAGACUGCUCCGGUCUGCUGUCCUGUUCGGAGGACUCCACUGUACGCUUCUGGGAUCUGAACAGCUUCACAAACACAGUCCUGUACCGCGGCCAUGCUUACCCCGUCUGGGACGUGGACGUCAGUCCCUGCAGCCUGUACUUCUCCACGGCGUCUCACGACCGCACCGCUCGCCUCUGGAGCUUCGCGCGCACGUAUCCGCUCCGCCUGUAUGCCGGCCACCUCUCUGACGUCGACUGUGUCAAAUUCCAUCCCAACUCCAAUUACGUGGCGACAGGCUCGACGGAUAAAACCGUGCGUCUGUGGAGCACGCAGCAGGGGGCGUCAGUGAGGCUGUUCACCGGGCACCGCGGCCCCGUUCUGUCGCUGGCCUUCUCGCCCAACGGGAAGUACCUGGCGUCGGCCGGAGAGGACCAGAGACUGAAGCUGUGGGACCUGGCGUCCGGGAGCCUGUUCAAAGACCUCCGCGGUCACACCGACAGCAUCACCAGCCUCUCCUUCAGCCAGGACAGCAGUCUGGUGGCCUCCGCCUCCAUGGACAACUCCGUGCGAGUGUGGGACAUACGCAGCGCCCACGGCACCGCCCCCACCGACGGCUCCAGCAGCGAGCUGAUUGGACAAUACACGGGCAGCACUAGCAACAUCCUCAAUGUGCAGUUCAUGGCCUGUAACCUGCUGCUGGUGACGGGCACUGCGCUGGAGAAACAGGAACAGUGAGAGUGUGCGGGGGUCAAUCUCAGCAAAUCAUGUCUAGGGCAUAUUUCUAUGAAAGCUUGGUUCUGCCAUGGAAUAAAAUGAUAAUAAUUGCGACUUUUUGUCUCACAAUUCUGACUUUUUUUUCUCGCAAUUCUUACAUUUUUCCCUCAUGAUUAUGAGUUAUAAAGUCCAAUUCUGAGGAAAAAAAUAUUUUUUUCUCAGAAUUUUCGAGUUAUAAAGUCACAAUUGUGAGUUAUAAUUGCAACUUUAUAUUUUGCAUUUCUAACUUUAUAAAUCGCAGUUUCAAGUUUAUAUCGUAAUUCUGAGAAAAGACAAAUGCGAAUGUAAACUCACAAUUGCAAGAAAGUCACAAUUAUAUUUUUACAAUUUUUUUAUUCAAUGGCUGACUUAAGCUUCUGUUUCACCCCAAAAUCAAAUAAAUAUUUUAUAUUUCACGUAAGAAAAAUGAAACCUUUAUAGUACCAUUUAAAAUUGUUUGCAUUGUGACAUUACUUUUAUGACAAACUCAUUCCCAAGUUCUCAUAAUUGUAAUGAAAAAGGAGAUAUUUAAAUGGUCAAGUGUUUAUCAUGGUGGUAUUUGGUGUAAUUUGAUUUAAAUAAAUCAAGCUCAUAACCCUCAUUACUUUAAUGCUUCUGAAUAUUUCCCAAUAAAAAAAUGGUGUAAUGCAAUAAUUGUGAAUGAAUUGUACUUAUGCAUUUAUUAAAAAUUCUGCUAUUAUUUAUUAAGUUCAUAAUAAUGCACUGUAGUUUUUCUACAAGUACAACAAAUACUACCUUGAUGUGUAAAUAUUUAUUAUUACAUUAAGAAUUUGGUUGGCAAAUGUGUUUGAAUGGUCACAAUUCAAACAAUCUUAAUGGUACUAAGAGUCUUAAUUUUCUUUGCACAAAAUAUAUUUUAUUUUUUUCUUGUGAAAUAUGACCUGCACAUGUUCAUGACAGGUUUUGUGAGAUUCACCCUUGUGUGUUUUGUAAAGCCAGAAUGUUUUGCUUUAUUUUUGGUUUCGAUGUGUGUUAAUGCCUCUUGAGGUCAGAGGUUCAGCCUGCUGUUUUCAUAUAUAUGUAAAUAUUAGACAAGUUAGGUUAUUAUUUCCUUGUCUGAUUUUUCAGUUCAGCUAAUUUCCGUUGUGGCAUUGCUGUUUUGUUGAUGGCCCAUGUUCUGAAAGCACAUCCAACACUGUUCCUCUGGAUUUUCACCAUGAAGCCAGAUGAACAGGAGUAUUUACUUCAGCAGUCCUGAUGAAGAACCAUCAAUGCAUACAUCCUUGUUUUGUUUCACAUCAAUUUAACAUGCCAUUUACCCAGAGUAAGUUCCCUAUAGAUUGAGUUGAACAGGUUUUCUCAUCAAGGGUAAGUUGAGAUUUAAUUGUGCUACAACAAAGAGAAUAAUUUAGAUGACAGUUUUGUCUUUUGUUGCCUGUUGAACAGAGUAACUCAUGGAUGAAUAGAUGAUGUGAGUUUCCUUGAAUUAAGUCAAGUUCCUCCAUCUCGAGCACUAUCUUUUUGUGUCCCUGGUGGUCAACAACACAAUCAUGGGAUGUUUGUCUGGAACUGUGAAGAAAAAAAAGAAUUUUGUAUUUUUGUUUCCUUCAAAAGAAAUGAUUUUGCAUCAUUCUGAUACUUGUAAAUAUAUUUUUGUAACAUUU